UUCCGAUGCUAACUCUUAUGUGACGUCAUUAUCUCGCCCUUGCAUGCAUCGAAUUAAACAUACACAAAAACAUUAAAAAAUUGCCUUAAAAAAUCUGAUAUAUCCAUUAAAUUUAUGUCAUUAUUGUUGACAAUGAACCACUUUAUUAAUCUGCAGUGAUGUUAAAAGCGGAUAUUCAAUAAUAGUGAUGUUAUUCGUGAUUUUCUCUUGGUCGUUAACUAAGUCAAAGAUGGCCGCGGUCGAUUGUUGAAAACUAGACUAGAGCUUCUGUUGUAAUAAAAAACUUGUGAUUUAUUUUUGCCAGAUAUAAAGGAUUUAUUUAUUAUGAGACAUAACUAUGUGAUGUGUUAUUUCUAAAGCAUCAACUUUUAAUCAACAUUGAAAAGUAAAGAAGUGAUUGCAAGAAUGGCUCCUCUAGAUCCACAGUCAUUACUGAAGGCCUUAAAUGAGCUGCUAGGACCCAAUGGUGCUAUUGUUGGAACAACUGAAGCUGUUAGAGUUGCUAAUUUGAUGAAAGAUGCCAACAAAUUAGUGAGCAAGUGUGUAUACAUUAACAUCCUCAAAGUUGAGACACCAGCUGAGAUACUAGAGAAAUUAAUUUGCUCUGGAGGCUGGGACACGAUCAAUGAAUGGUUACAAGACGCCAAGGAGUCAGAGAAUUUCCCGUUUAUUGUGAGAUAUUGAAGGUGUAUCAGUUUGUUGCCAAU